AUGCCUCCGCCUCGCCUCGCCUCUCGUGUCGCUGCCUUUAUUUGUGGAGAGAUAUCAAGCCCCUGGUUUCCAGGGCGUUCUCGUGUUUUCGGUGAGACUGAGCAGGUCAAAUACAGGAAAUGGGAACUUGAUGCUGACCGGGGGGGGAUAUGGGGUAGAAACUUGAGCCUCAUCAUCUGUAUACCCCUGGUUGGAGCGGCCUGCGGUGCCUUUGCAGCCAUCCCUGUACAAAACUAUCUUGGCCGGAAGAGGGCGUAUAUAUUCGCACAUUCCCUCCUUUGCAUCCCAGUAACUCCCACAACUCGUCUUCUCUUCACUACCAAGUUCUUGAUCCCGCUCCUCAUCCAAGCUGUUUUCCCUGCCACGCUCGCCCUGCUGUCUCUUUUGCCGACAGAGUCUCCUGUCUGGCUGCUCGCCAAGGGGAGACAUCAUGAUGCGCGAAGGAGCCUGUUUCUGCUCCGUGAAGGCAACGCCGCUCUCAUUGAGAAAGAACUUGCCCUGGCGACUGCUGCUCAGUCGCAUUCCGAGCACGUUAAUGUGAAUGCUUGGGAUAUUCUGAAACCAGCGAAUCCAGAGAGAACAAUUUCUGCGUCUGCGCCGCUGUAUCUAAGUGAGAUCGGCGGCCAGAUUCUAGUUUUGACGUAUUCAACGGUUAUUCUGGUGCAGAGCGGUGUAGCUGAUCUAUUCAAGAUCACAAUCAUCAUCUUUUUGCUGCAGUUUCUGGGAACGCUCAUUGGACAAUUUUUACUUGACAAGAUUGGGCGGCGGCCGGUUGCCUUGACGGGCUUUGUGGUUUUAUUUGCGAUUGACAUUGUGUGCGGUGCGCUGGCCUGCGUUGGGCUGGCAACUCAGUCGCAGAUAAUCGGGUUGGCCGCGCUAUGUAUUAUCUUCAGUUUCAUCAACGCCACUUGCCUUCAGUCGAUCACUUGUGCUAUUCCUCAGAACACCAACGCCGAUGCGGUCCGUAUAAUAAGAGCCAACCUGGGAGCAAAGGCUUUCCUCAUCUUCGGAGGCUGCAUGUUGAUAACGUUGGUUUGGUCGUACUUUUACUUGCCCGAAACAUCAAUCCGGACUCUUGCGGAGGUCGACGAGUUGUGUGCUGAAAGAAUUCCGAAGCGACACUGGAAAGUUACGGCGUAA